AUGGAGCGCUUCCUACGUCUCGGUGGUCUCAGCGGCCUCAGCGGUUCUCAGUUCAGCAGCACGAAUCCUGUGGAUAGCAAUCAAGUGGAUACAUCCGAAACGGUCUACAUAUCCUCGCUUGCUCUGUUGAAAAUGUUAAAGCAUGGUCGAGCCGGUGUGCCCAUGGAGUUCAGCAGCACAAAUCCUGUGGAUAGCAAUCAAGUGGAUACAUCCGAAACGGUCUACAUAUCAUCGCUUGCUUUGCUGAAAAUGCUAAAGCAUGGCCGAGCCGGCGUACCCAUGGAGGUUAUGGGACUAAUGCUGGGCGAAUUUGUGGAUGAAUAUACAGUAAACGUUAUUGAUGUCUUCGCAAUGCCACAAUCAGGCACGGGAGUUUCGGUCGAAGCAGUGGACCCGGUGUUUCAAGCCAAGAUGCUUGAUAUGUUGAGGCAAACUGGACGGCCUGAAAUGGUUGUUGGCUGGUACCACUCACAUCCCGGAUUUGGAUGCUGGCUCUCCGGCGUCGAUAUUAAUACGCAGCAGAGCUUUGAAGCUCUUUCUGAUCGCGCAGUUGCUGUUGUCGUUGAUCCGAUUCAGUCCGUCAAGGGCAAGGUUGUUAUCGAUGCUUUCCGGACAAUCAAUCCGCAAUCAAUAGCUCUGAAUCAGGAGCCACGACAAACCACCUCAAAUCUCGGACAUCUGCAAAAGCCCUCCAUCCAGGCACUGAUCCAUGGCCUGAAUCGGCACUAUUAUUCAAUACCAAUCAACUACAGAACACAUGAACUGGAACAAAAGCUUCGUUCACCAGCGCUUUUUUUUCAGGAUUUGGAGGAACAAGAAAAAAUGACGGAGGAACAGCUAGCAAUAAAAAAUGUUGGAAAGCAGGACCCGAAACGGCAUCUUGGCGAAACAGUGAACGAAAUGCUCGCCGAUAAUAUUGUGCAAAGUCUUGCAUCAAUGCUCGAUACGUCAUCAUUUCAGUGA